AUGAGCUUGGAGUGUUUGGGGAACCUUUUGCGUAUAACACUGAGUGCAGAAUACUUUGAGGGCAAAUACUUAUCUUUUUCUGUUGUUGAUCAGUCUGGUCUGGCCUGGGAGCUAGAUGAAGCCAUGGCAUCACAGUGUGGCUACACAGUAACUUACAGUAACUGGAGUAACAUUGAAUUUCAUGCUUCUGCACUAAGCUGUCAUUCUCGCUUAGAGAAAAACGUAUUCAUAAUAACUACACAAAUCAAAGCAUCUCAUACCCCUGAUAUGAAAAACGCUACAACCCAUCUGAAGACUGCAAGUUGCUAUUAUGGUCCAUGGAGUCCAAGAGAGUUGCUAUGUGAAAGUAACUACAUGGAGGUUUCUGUCAGGAGAGAGAUUCCUCAGACACUAGAAGACUUCAUUCAAGAUGAACCUGAGGGCUGGACUCUUGCCUUUCCAGAGGCAGAAGCAAGAGAAGCCUCAAUAUGGCAAAUAGUGUUUCAUCAGCCAGAAGAAAAAAAAGCUCUGGUUGUGAGAGAUGCUUGGAGUGCAGGGUAUGGAUUCAACAUCACAGACACCAGGGUUCUGCUGCGAAUACCAUACACUGCUGCACAAAUCCAGCUGGCCCAGGAUCAGGGGAUUACCUUUUCUGCAGUGAGAUCAAGUACAUUUUACAAACAGAGAUGGAUGAUCCUGAUGGUGGAUACUGCUGUGGCAUGUCCUGUAGAUGGUGUGGACUACAGUAACAAAACAAUCAUCUGGACUGUUCCAAAAUAUAUUGAACUGCUUUCUGCUGGAGCAACUAGCUUUAAGGAUGUACUUGUUGAAGCUGGUGUGGGUCUACACAAACUCUCUGCUGAAGAAAUGGCUUCUAGGAAAUUUGUGUUAUUAAAUGAUUUAAAUGCAAUUACAAUGAAGAUACCAAUAGGUGCAGAAGGUGGCUAUUACAAGACUUCUGUGAACAGUGGACAGCAUGGGGUAAAAUACACCAUCAACCUGUUCUUGGAACAUCAGUGGGAAGAUGACAAAUGGGGACUAACCAAACAUACUAUCAUCAAGGAAAUAGAAACACCAUUUGAACAAGUAGAACUUGCUAUUACCAACAACACAAAUCUGAGCGCGAGGUUAAUGAACGUGACAGUGGGAACGUUCCUCCCAGAUGUGGAGCUUGUGAACUUAACCAUUGAGGGGGCAACUGUUGCUGUACCUGCAGCUGUUCAGCGUGGAUAUCUAACGUAUGAGAUCAGACACGCUAAUGGAAGCAAAGCCUAUGUGAUACAAGUCCCACUUGAUGCACCAGGCAUUAAGAAAGAGUACAUGAAAGCAGACCUGAGAGCAUACACCCUGAAUGUCACUCUUGGAUUCAUAACCCAUCCAACAAGUGAGACCUUCGCUGUCACAGUUAUAACAGUGUCAACUGUUACAGAUGCAGUACUGCCCAGUGCAAGGGGAUUUUGUGAUGGGAAGAACCUCCAUCUCAUUAUCACUCAUGGGAAUGUGGACCAAAACUGGCUGCCUUUCAUCUCAGACUGGCACCUGACCCCAGAAGCUGCAGAAAAGCACCACUAUGGCCUGAGGGACAACGGCACUCACCUAGCAAUCACUGUUCCUUUCCUUUCUUCCCAUGUGAACUACGAGGAUUUUAAUACCUCUGGAAUAAAGACUUCACUCCAAUUAACCUUGAAGGAUGACAUCACCUUGGCUAAUAGGAGGGACUUCUCAAUUUCCUGCAUGUUUUCACCUUCAGAGCUAAUACAGUGCCUGCCCAAUGGCACUGUGGUUAUUAGUGCAGUAAAGCUGGUAGAAUUUGGAGACCUGGAUACCAGCCUGUUUGUCUUGAGGGACAGACAGUGCAAACCCAGUCUAGUGACAGAGAAGACAGCAACCUUCAAGUUCAAUGUGAACACUUGUGGAACAAGUAGAAAGUUCAGUAGCACAGCUAUGACAUAUGAAAACGAUGUACUCUAUUUCAGACCUGGCAAUGAUGCACCAGUAUACCAACUGAGAUUUGUAUGCUGGUAUGCAAUCAAGCAAACCAUUGACAUCCAAUAUGAAUCUAAGAAGAAUCCACCACCCAGCAUUAAGCCAGGGUUUGGCUCUCUUACUCUUUCAUUGAAGCUCUUCAAAGAGAAAUCCUAUUUGGAGCCUUACCAGGAGUCAGAAUAUCCUGUGAUAAAAUACCUGAGGGAGGCAUUGUAUUUUGAAGUUGAACUGCUCCAGCCUAAAGAUGCAAGACUGGAGUUAAGCCUGGAUGACUGCUGGGCUACGAAAUCUCAAAGCCAGGACAGCCUUCCACAGUGGCCUAUCCUUAUAAAUGGGUGUGAAAAUAAUGAAGACUCCUACAGAACUGUCUUCCACAAAGUUAAUUAUACCUUCAGAGUAACACUUCCUCAGCACCUAAAGAGAUUUGAAGUGAGGAUGUUCACCUUUCUACAGGGCACAAAUCUGUCACAGGAGCAGCUGUAUUUCCACUGCAGUGUGGUGAUCUGCAGCACAAUGCAAAGGCCUUCAAGCUUUGUUUGUCCAUGGAGAUGCAAUCCCGGGUUACACAGACUUGGUGAAUACACUCUGACGGAGACUAAACAAGAACUAUUUAGUUUUAUGAAGUUGCAGUUAGGUGGCCUAAGCAAGCGCAGCAUGCCCAGACUUACAACUGAAGACAUCUCAGAAGUACCUACUGGGAAAAUAUAUUGA